CGGUUUUAUACACUCUAUAAUUUACCUCGCAUGUUUUCUUUUUACUUUAGAAUUAUAAAUUUAGUUUUAAAAAUUCAAGUGUAUGGCUAUUUAUAAGGAAUAAACAUAAAUAUUGCGAAAAUUACCGAUAAGAGUCCGAAAUUCGUUUUAAAGUUUAUAGAAAUUUUGGGGGAAUUUAUGUUGACUUUGGCAACAUUGAAAGUUGUACAGUACUCGUCCCACCAUUUUAAAUUGUUGGCGGAAGGUCACCGAACAGUUGCGAGUUCCCCAGGAAGGUUCCUUAAAUUACACAGGUACAGUGAACUCGCCUCCGUCAACCACACCGGACGAGACAAAAAUUUUCAUCGGAAUUGACGAAAACCCCGGAUAAGACUGUUUAAUACCAGGACAAGACUAUUUCUCGGCUUAGACAAGACUACGGUCUAGACAAAUACCAGAAUGGACGACAUUCUUUUAGCAAGGCUUAGGCUCAUUAAUGACAAACUCACAACAGACUUAGAAGUAAUUCCGGUUACUGUUAAUUUAGAAAAUUUAGUGCAAGCUCAGAUUACCUACGGUAAAUUAGAAGCAUCACUGAAAAGACUUAACGGAGAUCUGACGGAGUACUUUAGGCUGGCUUCGACACCCGCAUCGGAUGAAAUCUGCUUGAUAAGUGGACUUCAACUUCAAGCAGAAGAGACUUUAGCGGAACUUAAGGUGAAGAUCGACCAAAUAUCUACAUCAAGCAAACCAUCAGAGAAGCUGACUGAAGCGAACUCCUCGUGCAGACUUCCUAAGCUUCAGCUGCCGGUGUAUAAUGGGGAUGUACUGGCGUGGUAUGAAUUUUGGGAUGCCUUCAGAAGCAACAUCGAUGCAAGGAACCUGCCGGAAGUGGACAAGCUUUCAUAUCUUAAGACUUCAGUCAAGGGAGAUGCCAAAAAAGCCAUUGACGGUCUAGCGACUACUAGCACCAACUAUGCUAUUGCGGUUUCAAUACUGAAAGAAAGGUUCGGGAAAACUUCACAUCUCAUAGAUGCGCAUUAUGCCACAUUAUAUAAAAUUAAGAUGGCCAAAGGCAAUGCGGAUGAUUGCAGAAGGACUUUCAACGAGAUUGAAAGGAACCUUAAGAUUUUAGAAUCACUAGGUGAGAACAUUAAUCAUAAUCACCUGCGCUUCAUGCUACUAGAGAAGUUUCCUUCUGAUCUAGUAUAUGAGAUAAAACUUAAAGUUAAGGAUGAUUCCAUUCAAGAACUGAGAAGCCAAAUGGACAAAAUAAUCACUGCCAAGGAGGAUGCGGAGAGGAUAUCGAGUAGGAAACGCCCUCUGGACUCAGAAGCUAGUACGGUCGGGAUUCUUCAUGUGAAUGCGAAACGCGCGAGAUACGCAAGUCAGUCCCAACUACAUCACAGUAAACAGAGUAAACAAAACCAGCAGAGAGACUUCGAUAAGCGACCUGUACAGAAGAAGUUUAAGGGUUUCAAGAAAAAUAGCAAUAGAGGCAACAGACCAAACCAAGCUUCAACUUCAAGCAAGGAUCAGACAGAAACUCAGCGAAGUCCUCAAGAGGUCAGGAAGGGAUUGGAUUGUAUAUUUUGCAAAGGGGGCCAUUAUAACGAUAGCUGCCCUGAAGCAUCUACUUUAGCCGAAAGGAAGAAACGACUUGAAGGACGAUGCUUCAUCUGUUUCAAGCAGAAUCACUUGGCAAAAGACUGUAAGAGUAAGAAAAAAUGCGCUCGCUGCCAUAGUGAAGUACUGCAUAAUCGAGCAUUAUGUCCUUCAAAUUUUCAGAAGGAUACAACGGAGAAGAAACAGUCCUGACUGUUCUAGAAGAGGGAAUCACUGCACUCCAAACGGCAACAGUUUAUGCAAGCCCCCUAGAUAAUAAGAACAAACUAUUUAAAUAUAGACUUCUCUUAGAUCCAGGUUCCCAACGCUCUUAUGUAACAUUCCGGACUGCAAAGGAACUAAAGCUUCCCGUCGAAGAAGAGAGUCAUCUAGUAGUAUUCACCUUCGGCGACGAUCCUCCCAGAGAGAUACAUAGCCCAAUAGUCACUCUUCAUCUACUAUCUAGAACAAACAAGAACAUAGUAAUACAGGCUAACU